AAUUUUCUCGAGAAACAAACGGAGAAUUUGGUCGAAGACGAGGGAGAUGGAGACGAGAAUUGGCAGAGAUCCGAAGACCCAUCUGGUUUUGUUCGUUGGUUUGUUACUCCUGUCUUCGAUCGGACGAAUCUCUUCACUGUCGGUGACUGUGAACGACGUUGAAUGCGUCUACGAGUACGUUCUCUACGAAGGCGACACUGUGUCGGGAAACUUCGUCGUCGUCGACCAUGAUAUCUUCUGGGGUGCAGAUCAUCCCGGUCUUGAUUUUGAGGUCUCGUCUCCUGCGGGGAAUGUCGUACACAGUUUGAAAGGAACAUCUGGGGAUAAGUUCGAGUUCAAGGCCCCGAAAAGCGGAAUGUACAAAUUUUGUUUCCACAACCCCUACUCUUCACCAGAAACUGUCUCCUUCUAUAUUCAUGUCGGUCAUAUUCCCAAUGAACACGACAUAGCCAAAGAUGAACAUUUGGACCCAAUAAACGUUAAGAUUGCCGAGCUGAGAGAGGCUUUGGAAUCGGUUAUCUCUGAGCAGAAGUAUCUGAAAGCACGUGAUGCCCGACACCGUCAUACAAAUGAGAGCACGAGAAAGCGUGUGAUAUUCUACACCGUGGGAGAGUACCUUCUUCUGGCUGCAGCGAGUGCCCUUCAAGUUCUCUACAUCCGCAAGCUCUUCAGCAAGUCUGUUGCGUACAACCGAGUCUGAACCAAAAAACCCGAAUACGGUUUGUUUCCUCUUUGUUGAGUGUGGAAGAAGAUGAACACAAAUCCGCAAAAGGAGCAAGGCUUUAGAGGUUAACAGGAAAAAGACCCUUUUUUUUUACUCAAUGUGCAGCUACUGGAUUUCUUUUUAUACACUUUCUCUCUUCUGCUUACAGUAUACUUUUAUGUUGCAGAUCUUAAUAAUUUAAUUCAAAUCCAUGGUCUUUGCCUAUA